UUUGCAUUUGUUAAUUAACAAUUUUGAAACUAUGGCAUUUACACGAACAAAGCACGCAACUCGAGAUCAGUUGCCACAUUUAAUAAAAAAUGUGCCCGAGGAGCACCAAGAACCAAUAAAACAAAUGUGUCUAAAAAUGAUGUCGCACGAUGCCUAUGGCAAACCCUAUCAAUGGACUUCACGAGAUUUCGAAAUGGGUGCACCCUURGGACGCGGCAAGUUCGGACGYGUCUACUUGGCACGCGAACGGCAUUCUCACUUUAUGGUCGCCAUGAAAGUGAUGUUUAAGGAGGAACUACGCAAGGGCAAUGUGCAACGCCAGGUGCUGCGCGAAAUAGAAAUACAAUCGCGUCUCAAACAUCCCAACAUAUUGCGCCUGCUAACCUGGUUCCAUGACGAGUCUCGGAUUUAUUUAGCACUGGAAAUCGCCUCUGAAGGUGAACUGUUCAAACAUUUGCGCAAUGCACCGAAUCAUCGCUUYGAUGAGCCGCGAUCAGCCAAGUACACCUAUCAGGUGGCCAAUGCACUCAACUAUUGUCAUCUCAAUAAUGUUAUACAUCGCGAUCUAAAACCAGAAAACAUUCUGUUGACAAGCUCAGAUGAUUUAAAGCUGGCGGACUUUGGCUGGUCUGCGCACACGCCCCAUAACAAGCGCAAAACAUUGUGUGGAACCUUAGACUAUCUGCCGCCUGAAAUGGUGAAGGGAGAGUAUUAUGAUGCCAGCGUGGAUCAGUGGUGCUUGGGAAUAUUGUGCUACGAAUUUUUGGUGGGUAAUCCACCCUUUGAAUCGAACAACUCGGAAAUAACAUAUAAGAAAAUAAAGCACCUGGAUAUGCAUUAUCCAUCGCAUAUGUCAGCCGGCGCAAAGGAAUUUAUUUCGGGACUCAUACGUUGUGAAGGCCGCAUCAGCUUGGUCGAAGUCAUGACGAAUCCUUGGGUAAAGGAAGGAAUGGCAAUACGAAAUGCACAACUCCAGCAGCAGAAGAACGAACGGGGCAAGGAAAAUUUAGCCAGAAAUUAA